CUUCCUUUUUUUCUUUUAAGAUGACAUUGAGAAGAAGAAAAAAUCUAUAAAAGGAGAAUGUUGAUAGGCAAUCUGCUCAGUUUCAUGUCCAUAGGCAAGCAGUUACUUGACAAACAACCUCCUUUGCAAUGAAAGGGCAUUUGCUCUUCUGGAUUUCUGGUCUCUACCUGGCCCAAGCUUCACCAUUUGCACUCUGUCCAGCUGGAUAUUCGAUUCAAAAUAUUGGGGGUGGAUGUUAUGACACAGAUGAGUGUGCAGCGGACAGAGGUAUUUGUGGGAAGUGGGGAAUCUGCUGGAAUUUAGAGGGAAGCUACAUGUGUCAGUGUCCUACUGGUCUCACUACCAGUGGCAGCAAUCAAACUCAGUGUCCAGAUGUAAAUUGUGACCAAUAUAUAACUCAGAGCAUACCUGAGCAGACUUUACCAGGUUUUAAUAGCAUCAUAUCAGUCCUGAGAGACAACUGUUUGAUGUUAAAUAAAUCUGGGAUGACUGUAGCUACAAAUGAGACUUUCACAGUCCUGACCAAUGUGACAGAUAGUCUUCAACUCCUGUUCAGUGGUGUUUGUGGUAGCAGUGAAGUGACUACUUUACUUAAAGCAACUGAAAACCUUAUCAGACUGAUGUCCCCACUGCUAAGAGACAACGUGAGCAGAAUCAAUACAAGCCACACAGAGAUAGAGAUUGUGGUUAUUAGGGAAAAGACGCCACCUCAAGGACCAGUCAAACUGACCAAUGAAAAUAUCCAACUUGACACCACCUGGGAGACAGUGAUUGGAAAGAACUACCCAGGGUUUGGUUUUGCCGUUCUGCUUAGCUACAAGAGUCUGCAGAUUUUGACAAACAUCUCUGACAAGCUCUCCUCCAGAGUGGUGACUGUAUCAGUUAGCAAUCCUAACAUUACAAACCUGUCUGAACCUAUCAUUCUCACCUUCAAACACUUGACGCUCAGUGACCAGAACGCCACCUGUGUUUAUUGGUCGGAGGUUGGAGGGGGGGCGUGGUCAAGCCAAGGCUGCACCUUAGUGGUGUCUAACUCUACCCACACUGUGUGCUCCUGCACCCAUCUCAGCAGCUUCGCCCUGCUCAGUGAAAUGCAAAAGAUGAAGGAAGACGGAAAGAUAUCAUUGGUGAUGUCGGUUUGCGUUUCCGUGGCAUUUGCCUUGAUGGUCCUAUCCCUGCUCACUGCCCUGUGGUGUCGCUUUAUGAGCAAAAAGCACAAUGGAGGCCGCCAGCGGCUACAGCGAUCCAACCUCAAAAGCACGUCAAAUAUAGACAGCAGGGAUUUCUAAAAUCUCUUUGCAUUGUGUUUUUUAGGUAAUCCCACUUUUUCAAUCACUGGUAAAAUAGCUCUUUAGACUGAAAGAACUAUUAGAAAAUAGGAAUGAUUCUGUUUCAGAAAAGAAUAAAGGUUU